AUGUUGAACGCGUUGUCCAGGGCGGCCAUUGGGGCCCUGAAGGCCGGCAAGACCAACCUCACGCCCAAAAUCGUGCAAAAUGAGCUACCAAAAGCCAUGGUCGCCACCUCGUCCAAUUCCAACAACAAAGCUGCUGCUAAGCCAAUGGCUGGUACAUCACAAGGACGUAUUGUUGCUGUUAUUGGUGCCGUUGUUGAUGUACAAUUCGACGAAGAACUACCCCCCAUCCUCAAUGCUCUUGAAGUACAAAACAGGUCUCCACGUCUUGUACUUGAAGUUGCCCAACAUUUGGGUGAAAAUACUGUCAGAACUAUUGCUAUGGAUGGUACUGAAGGUCUUGUCAGAGGACAAGAAGUACUUGACUGUGGAUCUCCAAUCAGAAUUCCAGUUGGUGCUGAAACUUUAGGUCGCAUUAUCAAUGUCAUUGGUGAACCAAUUGAUGAGAGAGGCCCCAUCGACACUGAUAAGACUGCACCCAUUCACGCUGAAGCACCUCCUUUUGUUGAAAUGAGUGUUGAACAAGAAAUUUUGGUCACUGGAAUCAAAGUUGUAGAUUUAUUGGCCCCUUAUGUAAAGGGAGGAAAAAUUGGUUUGUUCGGAGGUGCUGGAGUAGGAAAAACUGUAUUGAUUAUGGAACUGAUCAACAACGUUGCUAAGGCCCAUGGUGGUUACUCAGUAUUCGCUGGUGUAGGAGAAAGAACCCGUGAAGGUAAUGACUUGUACCAUGAAAUGAUUGAAUCCGGUGUAAUUUCCCUCAAAGACAAAACCUCAAAGGUAGCGUUGGUAUAUGGUCAGAUGAAUGAACCUCCCGGCGCUCGUGCCCGUGUUGCUCUUACCGGUCUUACCGUUGCCGAAUACUUCAGAGAUCAAGAAGGACAAGAUGUAUUGCUUUUCAUUGACAAUAUUUUCCGUUUCACACAAGCUGGUUCUGAAGUAUCUGCUUUGUUGGGUCGUAUUCCAUCUGCUGUAGGUUAUCAACCAACUUUGGCCACUGACAUGGGUACUAUGCAGGAGAGAAUUACCACAACCAGCAAAGGAUCCAUUACCUCAGUACAGGCUAUCUACGUACCUGCUGACGAUUUAACUGAUCCUGCUCCAGCUACAACUUUUGCCCAUUUAGAUGCCACGACUGUAUUGUCUCGUGCUAUUGCUGAGUUGGGUAUCUACCCAGCUGUGGAUCCAUUAGAUUCCACAUCCCGUAUUAUGGACCCCAACGUUAUUGGUGAAGAACAUUACAAUGUUGCUCGUGGAGUACAGAAAAUAUUACAAGACUACAAAUCACUACAAGAUAUCAUUGCUAUCUUGGGUAUGGAUGAACUCUCAGAAGAAGACAAAUUGACAGUUGCCAGGGCUAGGAAAAUCCAGAGGUUCUUGUCCCAACCUUUCCAAGUAGCUGAGGUCUUUACUGGACAUCCUGGAAAAUUGGUUCCUCUUGAAGAAACAAUCAAAGGAUUUUCAAAAAUCUUAGCUGGUGAUUACGAUCAUUUGCCCGAAAUUGCUUUCUACAUGGUUGGACCCAUUGAAGAAGUAGUUGCUAAAGCUGAAACUUUGGCCAAAAAUACAUAA